GCCCCACGCGGCGCGCGGUCGUCGCCCGCUACCAUGAGCACGCUGGGCGGCCGCAGCCCCGCCCGCAGCCGCAAGGGCUCCCACUGCGGCUCCCUCGGCGCGCCGUCCCUGCUGGGGUCGUACGCGGGGUCCCACGCCGGCUCCCACGCGGGGUCCCACAGCUCGGCCGGGGGGUCCCCGCCGGGGUCGCUCGGCCCCGCGCCGCGCUACGUGCUGCUGCGCCACUGCCUGGCCAUCUCCCUGCGGCGCACGGGCUGCGUGCCCCUGGCCUCGCACCACCACCACCAGGGCGGCGGCGCGCAGCACCGCCAGCUCUGCGGCGCCGAGGACGACGAUGACCCCCACCUCCCGGGGCCCGGCCCGGGCGGCGCGGGCUUCGCCGACAACGACUUCUGGAUGUACGACAAUGGCUACCUGCUCUUCCAGGGCUUUGUGGAAGCCAACGCGAGGUGCUUCUGGAGCGCCGCGCUGCUGGAGGCCAUGCGGGAGCUGAGCUUCGAGGGCUACGUGUCCCCGGGGGUGCUGCUGGUGCGGGCGGGGGCGUGCGCCAUCGACGUGGUGCGGGCCGCGUGGGCGCGCCGCGUGCUCAAGCCGCCGCCCAACUACCUCAUCGAGGAUGUCGGUGACGUGGAGGACUGCUGCGUGGUGGCGGUGCCCCAGAGCCAGUUCACGCCGCUACCCGAGGCGCUCUGCUGGGUCAUCCUGGAGCUCACCUCGACGGGGCAGGCCGCCGUGCUGCCCGCCAUCCUGCGGGCGCUGCCCAGGGCCUUCCCCGCCAUGACCAGGCCCGACAGCAGCGUCGUGUACGACGCCCUGGCCAAGCUGUCGACCGACAGAAAGGUCUACCAGACGGCGCGCGGCUACUUCUUGGUGACGCCCGAGACGCGGCGGCGCCUCGCGUCCAUGCAGCACCACUCGUCCUCGUCGCCGUCGCGCCGCGGCCGCCGCUCCAUGCUGCUCUCCAACGAGGAGGCCAUCGUCAUGGUGCACGGCGACAUGCAGACCGAGCGCGACGGCCACCGCACGCACCAGUGCGUGCAGACCAACCUGGCCGACGUCAUCUGCGGGGGCAACCCCGAGGACAAGGUGCUGUACCCGCGCGCGGACCGCCUCAAGGGCGCCGAGUGCGGGCGCGUGCUGGAGCGGCGCCACUCGCUGCGGCUGUCCACGCGCCUGGGCCAGGCCCUGCAGCGCGCCGGCUCGCUCCGGUCCCUGCCGCCGCGGCCGCCCCCCGCCGCCUCCACCGCCGCCGCCGCGCCCGCCCCCGCCGGCCCGGAGAAGAAACAGUCCCUGCUGUCGCGCCUGUUCCGCCGCUCCGGCCGCAGCAGCCGCGGCCCGCGUGGACGGCGCGGCCAGUCGGCGCCGCCGGGGUCGUCGCAGCCCCGCGAGCAGCCCCCGCACCAGCCGCGCUCGCCCAGCCCCAACAUCCGCACGUUCUCGGCGCAGUUCCCCCUCCAGGACGAGGACGACGUCGAGAGGCACCCCGCCGACUGGUUCAACCCCGGCGUCACCACCCUCACCUCCGUCGCGACGCAGACGCAGCCCCCCUGCAGCCCCUGCCCCUCCUCCUCGCCGCCGGCCAGGUCCUCGACGUCUCCCGCCAUGUCCAGGUGGGACGGCGCGGGCCGCGCGUCCACGCUGCCGCGCAGCCUGUCCAGAGGGUCGCCGCGGCGCGCCCGCCGCCUCAGCGACUCGCUGAGCGUGAGCCUGCUGAGCGCGGGGGGCGGCGGCAACCGGGCCGCCAGCCCUGCAAGCCACGUUAGCCACGCCAGCCACGCUAGCCACGCUAGCCAGGCCAGCCACGCUCCCACCACGUCCUCCGUGGCCGCCGCGAGCCCCAGCCCCUCCAAGAUCCCCUCUGGCAAACACCUGAUGGCGGGGGCCAGGAAGACAUCUCCGUCCAACACCCUGCUCUCGUCCACGUCCAGCCGCGCGAGUCGGGCUUCCACCUCGGGCAUGAGCAAGGCCUCGUCGGGGUACAACUCGUCCCGGAGCACGCCGGGCAGCACGCCGGGGACUCGGAGUGGCUCCCCGACCGCCACGGCAGUGCGCAGGUCGCUGCCCGCCCCCAGCAAGACCCCCUUUACGGGCUCGCCUUCCUCGACAAGCACGUCCCUCGGCUCCGUCCUGGGCGGGCGCAACUCCACGACGACCACCACCACGAUCAACGGCGCCAACACCAAGAUCUUUGUGCAGCAGCACAACACGCCGGUGCGCUCUGUCAUCACGAUCGAGAACAGGUCCGGCGGCAGCCUGGCGGCCACGCUGGGGACCACCGUGGGGGGCCCCAGAAGCCGCGGCCCCGUCCUCGAGACGAGCUUUGACCGCACCGUCCCCAAGAGCACCGAGAGCGGCAGCGCUGGCUCUCCGUCUGAGGACGGAAGCACCUCGGCAUCGCCGCCCGGUCCCGAUGCGGAGAGGUAUUCCAGCAACAAGAUCAACAACCACAACCUCAGCGGCAAGCCGGCGACGUCCUCGUCGUCGUCCUCCUCGUCGACGUCGUCGGAGGAAUCGCUGACCUCGGCGGGCUCGCUGGUGGCCAAGGAGGCCGAGAUGAACAACAGCCGCAAGCAGUCUGCUGUCGCGGGGCCCGUCGGCUUCCUGAGGGAGAGCCUCAGCUACAAGAACAUCCUCAAGGAGGUUCAGAACUUCGCGGGAGCCCCGCUGCCGGCGCCGCUGCCGGCCCAGCCGCUGUCCGCCAGCCCGUACGCGAGCCUCUCCGACCUGUCGGUGCACUGCAAGUCGCUGGCGGCGCAGAGGAUCCUGUCGGGGGUCAGCAUCAACUCCAUCGACACGCUCGUCGAGGUGAACAUGGCGGCCGAAAAGAAGCAGGCCAAUUGCGACGUGACCAUCCGCACAGACUUUGGCAUGGUGUGAUGGGGUAAGGGUGCGACGGCAGCCCAGCCCGUUCGGGAAACAAGCGUAUAUUUAUUCGUGCCAUAUGUUAAGGCCGAGCUCAGACUCCCGUGCCUAGGGGGACUCGCCCGAGCCCAUGCCUAGUAAGUGUUUGGCGUGGCACCCUGAGUCCUCCACUGGGGCCCUGGGUUUGGCCCUGGCCUCGAGAUGUCUCGUCUCCCUCUGCGACUCUCAAAAGGAGCUUGAGCCUUGUGCCCGCCAGGGUUUCGGUUUUUGCGAUCUUUCUGAGUGAAAGCUGCGUGGAAGACCUUAAGGGAGAAUAUCUCUCCCCCUGGCAUCGCUCUCGUUUCGUGAGACAGAGAUGAAAAAUUUGUCAACAUGGCUAAUUUUAAAGUGACAACCCCAGAGCCCAUGUAUUUUAACUCAUGAAUUGACAGUUUAAACUGCGAUGGUGACCUGACCGAUCAGUUUCCUUCUUGCCAAUGCUGGUUGCAGGAGAAAUGUCUUAUUCUGUCUUACUGCUUCUAAUUCCUUUACUACUUAAUGCUGUAUAAAUUAUCAAGUGAAUUGUGAAGGAUGCCAAAAGACCAUUAGGAAAGCUGAAAUAGCAUUGUCAUUGCUCAAAGCAUACAUGCAAUGACAAGAUAAGUGCCUUACUAUAGUAUUUUUCAGAACGACUUUGUCAACCUUUUGUUCAUUGAAAAUGACAUGCGAGAUCAUAAUUGUACUACUCUAUGUAUUACUUAAAGCGACAAAAUAGGAUUUUUGGCCCUAUAAACAUGUUACAUGAUCUGGUGUUUUUGAAUCUCAGACCAUUCAUUAGUUAUAGAUCAACUUUUGUAUUAUUCAGUCGAUCAGAGCUAGAUGAAGAGGAGCUUUUUUGUGAAUAACGUGUAAUAAAUUGACUAACAGUG